AUGGAGAAACGAGCCGAGGGCGAGCGGCACAGCGCGCGCCAGGCGAAAAAGAUCAAGACGGAGCAUGCCAAGGAGGAGCAGAAUAAGCGAAAGUCGGUAAGCCCGGCGCCGAAGUCGUCGACGCCGGCGCCGCGCAAGGGCACGUCGCCGCUGCCCACCGAGGCGCCCCGCUCCGAGGCCGAGACCGCCGCCGCGUCGAGCACCCCGGCGCCGGCCGCGUCGACGCCGGCGGGCAACGCGAGCGCGACGAAUUUGGACCGCCUUGCGAAUAUCGCGACAAACACGCAGCGCCCCGACGUCAACACGCCGCUCGCGUACCGCAUGGACUCGUCGCUGCUGCAGACACCGACGGGCAGCGGCAACCUCCCGCUCUCGCUGCAGCGCCUGCAGGCGAUGCGGAACGGGCAGGCGUCGCCGAUGGCCUCGACGCCGACGUCGGCCGGGAGCAACGCGCCGGUGUUUGACCACCUCGUCGACGUCAUGGGCUUCUCGGGCGUGGAUCUCCGCGCAGAAGAGGCCUUUAUCCAGCAGGGCUCGCUCUGGGAGGACGCGAGCCAGACUGCCUCGGCCGUGCUCAGCAAUGCGGGCAUGGGCCAGGGGCUCUACCUCAAUGUAUACCCCUUGUCGGCGAUGGUGCACCGCGUCGCGAAGCGGUACGGCCUCAAGGUCGACGCGGCGACGCUCGACUAUUUGUCGAUCGCGACGCGCAUGCGCUUCCGCAACCUGCUCGAGGCGAUGGUGCGCGUGUCGCGCCACCGCGCAUGGUCGUCGUACCAGCGCCCUGCCCCCCUCGACGCGGACGGCAACGCAAUGUACCACGAGGCCAUCACCUCGAACCCCAGCAAGCAGCUCUCGGCGAUUGAAAAGGCCGAGCGCAUCGAGGAGGGAAACUGGCGCCGCAUGCGCCUCGAGCGCGAAGAGGCCGAGGCCGCCGCACAAGAGGCCGCGGCCGCGGGCGAGGACCCCAACACACCGGGCGCCAACGCCAAGCGCGGCAAGCGCCCACUCGGCACCUCGGGCCGCAACCUGAGCGAGGACGUGCGGAAGCGCUUGGCAGAUAGCACGGCGAUGCGCCACCUCGGCGCGAAUAACGUCGCGUCCAAGUACGCAUGGCUGCAGUCGCCCGGCAUGCGCGCGACGCCGCGUGCGCCGCGCGAGAGCGACGACCAGGAGGCCAACACCAGCGGCGGGUCGCUGCCCAAGCCCAAGUUUGCGCCGCAGACGCCGGCGCCCGCCGCGCGCCUCGCCCCGACGCAGCCGCAGGCGGGGGUCUGGAGCGACGUCGCCACGCGCCAGGCCGCACAAAAGGAGCAGGAGCGCGUCGCCAAAGCGCGCGUCACGCUCCGCGACGCCCUCACCGCGCUCGAGCGCGAAGAGGCGGGCGGUGCCGGGCGUGGCUCGGGCGGUCGCGCGUUGUACAUUGCCCGUGCAUGGGGCCGGGGACGUAGAAACUAA